UAUAGUAGUUCUGAUGAAUUAUAACCAAUAAAAUCGUAGUUCAGAUGCUCUACAAGUUCACUGUUCCUUUUGUUAUUGAUUAGUGGAAAUUAAAGCAAAUUUAUGAUGGAUUCUGACGAUAAUUCAUUAUCGUCUCCACCGGGACCUCCGAAGGAUCCUCCGCCAAGUCUUCCACCACCGCUUCCGGCAAGACCCCCCAAAGUGAGUUCACUACCGACGAAGCUCGACCACUUCGAGGAUCCAGAAAUUGAGGGCGACGAUGAGAUAUCCCAACAAAUGACCGCGUCCUACAGCGAGAUCUCAUUCAAAUCGGAAUUAAGCCCCGACGAUAACGAGCUAUCGUUAUCUUUAAGUAUCGACCCCCUACCUUCUGCCGACGAAAUGUUAAAGCGGCCGAAGACGCUACCGUGCGAACGUAAUAAUUAUCCCGGCCACUUUCACCCGUUAAACUUGGAGGGCACCGUGCACGUCGAGGGGAACAUGACGCAUUUCGUAACCGAAGAUUUAGAGUAUAAGAUUAAGCUAUCGAGCCCCGUUAAUAAGAAGGGCGAUACACCUCCUCUUCCUGGCAAUUCGAAGAUUGCCACCCCGAACACGCUGUUUCGACAGUUGUUGGUACCGCAGAUGGGUCUAUUCGACACGGGAUUAUUAAACGACCUUGAAUCGGAAGCCCAACGCAUGGCCACCUCCAUAGAUAAUCUCACCGAAAAUUUAUGCGGCAUUCUUCACUCCAUUUCGUCGAUUACCGCCGAUAAUGUGGACGUUUACAAGGAUGCGGUGUCAAAGAUGUCGGAUACGAUGGACGCUAAUAUUAAGAGUAUGUAUACGAUGAUGGCGAAGGCCGAGGAGGUCACGCAAGCUAUGAAAACGGUCCAGAACCACUCUGUACGAAUGUAUCCUUCAUUCGAAUAUGCUUUACAAGAGCAGAGAUCCUUAACAUUUAUUACAGAAAGGAAAUACGUCGGCUGGUUGAUAUUUUUGAAAGUUUUAUUUGAGUUAAUUGUCUAGGUAGGUAUAGGCUUAGGUCGGUGCUAGUGUACUAGUCAGUCUGCACUAUAUUGUUAAGAUAAUCCUUAAAUGCGAAAUAAAAAACUCUUGAGCUA